GGUGCGCGGCGCGGCUGGCGCUGCGCUCCGCCCCGGCUGCAUUGCUGCGCUCCGGUGCCCAAGGGAGCCACGCGCCGCGUGCGCCCGGCAGCCGGCCGCCCGGAGGCAGCGCAGUCCGCUGGCAUGGGCCCCGGGGGCGCCCCGAGCUGGGGCUCCGGGCUGAGGCGCUAAAGCCGCCCUCCCGCCCGCGGGGCCCCGCGCCCGGCCCGCCCGCGGCCAUGGCCGUCCGGCCCGGCCUGUGGCCGGCGCUCCUGGGCAUAGUCCUCGCCGCCUGGCUCCGCGGCUCGGGUGCCCAGCAGAGUGCCACCGUGGCCAACCCAGUGCCUGGUGCCAACCCGGACCUGCUUCCCCACUUUCUGGUGGAGCCCGAGGACGUGUACAUCGUCAAGAACAAGCCAGUGCUGCUGGUGUGCAAGGCUGUGCCCGCCACGCAGAUCUUCUUCAAGUGCAAUGGGGAGUGGGUGCGUCAGGUGGACCACGUGAUCGAGCGCAGCACGGAUGGGAGCAGCGGGCUGCCCACCAUGGAGGUCCGCAUUAAUGUCUCAAGGCAGCAGGUGGAGAAGGUGUUCGGGCUGGAGGAAUACUGGUGCCAGUGUGUGGCAUGGAGCUCCUCGGGCACCACCAAGAGUCAGAAGGCCUACAUCCGCAUAGCCUAUUUGCGCAAGAACUUCGAGCAGGAGCCGCUGGCCAAGGAGGUGUCCCUGGAGCAGGGCAUCGUGCUGCCCUGCCGUCCACCGGAGGGCAUCCCUCCAGCCGAGGUGGAGUGGCUCCGGAACGAGGACCUGGUGGACCCAUCCCUGGACCCCAAUGUAUACAUCACGCGGGAGCACAGCCUGGUGGUGCGACAGGCCCGCCUUGCUGACACGGCCAACUACACCUGCGUGGCCAAGAACAUCGUGGCACGUCGCCGCAGCGCCUCUGCUGCUGUCAUCGUCUACGUGAACGGUGGGUGGUCGACGUGGACCGAGUGGUCCGUCUGCAGCGCCAGCUGUGGGCGCGGCUGGCAGAAACGGAGCCGGAGCUGCACCAACCCGGCGCCUCUCAACGGGGGUGCUUUCUGUGAGGGGCAGAAUGUCCAGAAAACAGCCUGCGCCACCCUGUGCCCAGUGGACGGCAGCUGGAGCCCAUGGAGCAAGUGGUCGUCCUGUGGGCUGGACUGCACCCACUGGCGGAGCCGUGAGUGCUCUGACCCAGCACCCCGCAACGGAGGGGAGGAGUGCCAGGGCACUGACCUGGACACCCGCAACUGUACCAGUGACCUCUGUGUACACACUGCUUCUGGCCCUGAGGACGUGGCCCUCUAUGUGGGCCUCAUCGCUGUGGCCGUCUGCCUCAUCCUGCUGCUGCUUGUCCUCAUCCUCGUUUAUUGCCGGAAGAAGGAGGGGCUGGACUCGGAUGUGGCUGACUCGUCCAUUCUCACCUCAGGCUUCCAGCCCGUCAGCAUCAAGCCCAGCAAAGCAGACAACCCCCAUCUGCUCACCAUCCAGCCGGACCUCAGCACCACCACCACCACCUACCAGGGCAGUCUCUGUCCCCGGCAGGAUGGGCCCAGCCCCAAGUUCCAGCUCACCAAUGGGCACCUGCUCAGCCCCCUGGGUGGUGGCCGCCACACACUGCACCACAGCUCUCCCACCUCUGAGGCCGAGGAGUUCGUCUCCCGCCUCUCCACCCAAAACUACUUCCGCUCCCUGCCCCGAGGCACCAGCAACAUGACCUAUGGGACCUUCAACUUCCUCGGGGGCCGGCUGAUGAUCCCUAAUACAGGAAUCAGCCUCCUCAUCCCCCCAGAUGCCAUACCCCGAGGGAAGAUCUAUGAGAUCUACCUCACGCUGCACAAGCCGGAAGACGUGAGGUGUGGCCGCGGGCCCUGUUGCCGGGAGUGGGAGGGACCUGCCUGCUGCCUUCGCUCCCCAGGAAGCCCCCUGCCCACCCACUGUUGUGCCUGGCCUGAGGCGGCGGGGGAAAGAGCUGCGCCUAAGCCCCACGUGGUCCUGCAGCCCAAGCCCCUGGCCCCUGGGAUGCUGCUGCCCUGCCCUUGGCCUGGCCUUCAGGACCCAGGAUGGGCCACUGACACCUUUCCCUCCCCACCCAUAUUUCCCCACUUGAGGUUGCCCCUAGCUGGCUGUCAGACCCUGCUGAGUCCCAUCGUUAGCUGCGGACCCCCUGGCGUCCUGCUCACCCGGCCAGUCAUCCUGGCUAUGGACCACUGUGGGGAGCCCAGCCCUGACAGCUGGAGCCUGCGCCUCAAAAAGCAGUCGUGCGAGGGCAGCUGGGAGGAUGUGCUGCACCUGGGCGAGGAGGCGCCCUCCCACCUCUACUACUGCCAGCUGGAGGCCAGUGCCUGUUACGUCUUCACCGAGCAGCUGGGCCGCUUUGCCCUGGUGGGAGAGGCCCUCAGCGUGGCUGCCGCCAAGCGCCUCAAGCUGCUUCUGUUUGCGCCGGUGGCCUGCACCUCCCUCGAGUACAACAUCCGGGUCUACUGCCUGCAUGACACCCAUGAUGCACUCAAGGAGGUGGUGCAGCUGGAGAAGCAGCUGGGGGGACAGCUGAUCCAGGAGCCACGGGUCCUGCACUUCAAGGACAGUUACCACAACCUGCGCCUGUCCAUCCAUGAUGUGCCCAGCUCCCUGUGGAAGAGUAAGCUCCUCGUCAGCUACCAGGAGAUCCCCUUUUAUCACAUCUGGAACGGCACGCAGCAGUACCUGCACUGCACCUUCACCCUGGAGCGUGUCAGCCCCAGCACUAGUGACCUGGCCUGCAAGCUGUGGGUGUGGCAGGUGGAGGGCGAUGGGCAGAGCUUCAACAUCAACUUCAACAUCACCAAGGACACAAGGUUUGCUGAGCUGCUGGCUCUGGAGAGUGAAGGGGGGGUCCCAGCCCUGGUGGGCCCCAGUGCCUUCAAGAUCCCCUUCCUCAUUCGGCAGAAGAUCAUUUCCAGCCUGGACCCACCCUGUAGCCGGGGUGCCGACUGGCGGACUCUGGCCCAGAAACUCCACCUGGACAGCCAUCUCAGCUUCUUUGCCUCCAAGCCCAGCCCCACAGCCAUGAUCCUCAACCUGUGGGAGGCGCGGCACUUCCCCAACGGCAACCUCAGCCAGCUGGCUGCAGCAGUGGCUGGACUGGGCCAGCCAGACGCUGGCCUCUUCACAGUGUCGGAGGCCGAGUGCUGAGGCCGGCCAGGCCCAACACCUAUACUCUCACCAGCUUUGGCACCCACCAAGGACAGGCAGAAGCCGGACAGGGGCCCUUCCCCACACCGGGGAGAGCUGCUCGGACAGGCCCCCUCCCAGCCGAAGCUGUCCCUUAAUGCUGGUCCUUCAGACCCUGCCCAAACUCCCACCUCUCCAUGGCCUGCCUAGCCAGGCUGGCACUGCCACCUGCUCACACUCGGCCCCAGGGCCCAGGAUGGACAGUGCCUGGAGCCUGGGCCAGGCCCAGCCCAUCUGUGUGUGUGUAUGUGCGUGUGAUGCUACCUCUCCUCCCGUCCCUCUCCAGGGGCCCCGCAUACACACGGCCAUGCACGCACACACUGGGCCUGGGCCAGGGCCCCGGAGCUCCUGCCUGAGCUGGACCUUAUGCAAACAUUUCUGUGCCUGCUGGGUAGGGGCACGUCUGAGGGGCCCUGCUCCAAGCCUGCAGGACCGAGGGCCACAGCCGGACAGGGGGUAGCCCCUGGAUUCAGGCACAUGACCACCACACGAGCACGUGCCACGCAUGCCUCGUGUGCUCAUCUCACACACCCCCCCCUCCCGGGUCAUGCAGACACCCCCCACCACACACAUCUCAUGCUGUACACCUGAGGCUGCUCACGUCUCACGCCCAGUGUUGGUGCACAUUUGCCUCUCACAUGCUGCCCUCUCCACCCACCCAGGGACACCCCACGGUUCCUCCCUGCCCCUGCCCCUCCCCCAGCCUCGAGGUGCCCUGCCCGGCGGGGCCUGUGAAUAUGCAAUGGGAGUCCCGGGCUGUACAGUGGCGAGUGUGUGUGGCGUGGCGUGCCCGUCCCCAGGGCUGGCUGGUGCCCCACGCGGGGCCUGUCAUGUGAAGCUCGUGUCCUGACUUUGUCUUAAGUGCAUUCACGCACUUACACUUGGCCUUAUGUACACAGCCUUGCCCGGCCGCCGGGGCGCAUAGGGAUUUUAUCGGACGUGAAUGUAAAUAAAUUAUAUAUAUAUAUUGCUAA